AUGGGACGCGCACAGUUCGAGUAUGAUGAGGUGGGUAAUACAUUUUAUUAUGUAGUCUUGUCGUUCUACGCCCUUGCACUUCUUCCUGGGACGUACUUAUUUUGGCCUUCGUCUAAAAAAGAUAAGAAACAGAAAAAGGAAGAGCACUGUGGUUGUGAAGGGUGCAUUGAAAAAAGGAGAAAAGCUGAAGCAUUGUUACCUUGGCGACGUACUAAAAAAAUCUUCUCAGUUUUGGCGUUAAUCUUCGCUUGGUUAAUUUUUUUUGCUAUAGUUUACAAAGUUGUGCAUAUUGAACAGGAUCAUGUAGAGUACGACCCAUAUUCUAUUUUGGGGCUUGAUCAGGGGGCUUCUGUAGCGCAGGUUAAAAGACAGUAUAGAUUGCUAAGUAAAACUUUGCAUCCUGACAAGGGCGGAGAUCCUGUAGCUUUUGAUAAAAUUGCAAAGGCUUAUCAGGCACUAACAGACGAAGAAAGCCGGGAAAACUGGGAAAAAUAUGGCAAUCCAGACGGUCCUACAGCAACAACUUUUGGCAUUGCUCUUCCAAAAUGGAUAGUAAGUAGCGAAUAUGGUGGCUGGGUCCUUAUGUUUUAUGUCGUUCUUUUCUUAUUGAUUCUGCCCAUUGGUGUAGGAAUAUGGUGGUAUAACUCCAUUAAGUACAGUGCUGAUAAGUUUUUAAUGGACAAUAAUUUUUUAGGCAUAAUUAUGGUAAUUGGGGCUUCAUUCGAAUUUUGGAAGCGCCAUAAUAAGGAAAUAGUUGAACGUGAAAGUGAUGACAUUGAGUUACCUCCUUUAAUAAAAGAAUUCAAGAAUUUAAGCGAAAAUACGAGGGAGCAGCCGUUUCACAUGGCUUAUGCACUAAAAGCUAGAUUAUUUAUUCAUGCGCACCUCUCACGGUUUGAGCUGCCUUCACCGUCAUUGAGGAUUGACAGUACUUAUGUAGUAUCAAAAUGUAUCAUGCUGAUCAACGAAAUGUUGUCUAUUGCGCAGUACAUGUAUUUUUGUGAUGGCCCACGCACUCCAUCACUAGACACAAUUGAGAAUCUAACAAAGCUAUCCCCCAUGAUAGUGCAGGGCUUAUGGCCAAAAAAUAGCACACUUUUGCAACUACCGCAUAUUACCGAACAUCACCUACACUAUUUGCGUAAAAAUAGAGUUCUAUCGUGUGCAGACCUAGCGAACAUCCACGAAUCCAAGAGGCGGUAUAUUUUACAGUCACUAACUGAAGGGGAAUAUAGAGAUGUAAUAAACGUUUUACAUUCUAUGCCAAAGCUCAGUAUCGACCCACAUUUCGAAGUUCAAGGUGAAGAUGAUGCACAUGAAGUCACCGUAGGUUCUGUUGUCACACUGAGAGUAAAAUUAGUCCGGAACAGUCUACUCGAUUUAAUUAAACGAGCUGAGGAAAUGAACGAAAUCAAGGAAAAAGCUGCAGAAAUUGCACUCAUUGAAGAAUCGAAGGGAUCGGUAGAAGAGAAGGAGAGUGUACAAAAACGGAAGGUCUGGCAAAAACCCAAAAAGAAAAUUAAACAAGUAAAGUCCAGUAAAGGCAGGCAGUGGCAGAAAACCAGAAAACUCAAGAAAAUAGUGCAGAGGAAAGAGGAUGAAACGAAAGAGGAAGAAGAACUGUUGAAAAACAGAGGUAAAGGAGACGAAGAUUCAAGCAAAGAAUCGGAAGCAGAGGGUACUACGGAUUCUGAGAAAUCGGAAGAGAAAGAGCAACUGGAUAAAGAGAGCGAGAAAAGCGGAAAUAGUGACGUUCCCAGUGAUUCUGAGGAAGAAGAUGAGUGGAUACGUGAGAAUAUCUUAAAAAAGGAGACACUGCUUGAGACGAGAAGUAGAAAGACACACCUAGUUCACUGUCCUUAUUACCCAAGCGAGAAAUAUGAGUGGUGGUGGCUAUUUUUGCUUCAGAAGAAAUUAAAGAGAAUAGUCGUUCCAGGUACACACUGCACUACCUUAGUCGACGAGGAGACGGUUGAAAUAAAGUUUGGUGCACCCCAAGAGAAAGGUGUUUAUUAUUAUACCCUGUUAGUCAAGUCGGACAGUUAUAUGGACUGUGAUUACUCGCUGGAUCUGAAGUUGGAAGUACAGGAGGCAAAGGAUGUCCCUCUGGUUAAAUACGAGGAUUCAGACGACGAAGAACAAGUGGACCAAUCGUCAGACUAUACAGAAGGUUCAGAAUCCGACCGGGAUUAA